CAGUCGUUGGCCUUCGUUCUGGUUGUUUGCUUUUUUGAGCCCUCCCCAGAUUUUAUCGUCCCUUCUCCUGGCCUUUCUGUUCCAAGUCCCUCUUUGGUCGGCGACAAAAUCAAUCCAACCAGUCAGUUCCACGCUCUCGGCUCCCCGCCGCAGCCACCUGCGGCUCCCCCACUCGCACUGUGAUCAUAGGAUUUACUCUCCUGUCUGACAUUCCUCUCGAGGCUGACUCCGCCUUUUCUUGGUCUGUAUACUCUUCUCGAUUCAAUCGUGGUUUCGUAGCAGCCAAAGGCAUCAGUCAUGGAAAUGGAUGGAGAUAUUUCGUUGUCGGGUUGGCCUCAAACCAUAUCUGAGGAUCUUCUUGUUCCGGUAUCUGGCGAAGAAGAAUUUUCAAAGUACCUGGAUUUCGAUUUCAGCUUUGCGGACUUGGAUGAUGUCGCAAGCCAGCAGCACAAUGCCAUUCACACUUCUCCGCCGGCCUCCUCUGAGAUGGCACAUCACCAACAAAUGCAGAAUACUUCGCAAGCCCCAAAUUAUCAGCCUGAACUCCACCAACUGCACCACCAGAUGGGCAUGCAGGGCGACAUCAAUACAACAGCCGCGAACGUAGCACCGCAAUACUACGUCCAGAAACAGCAAACUUUCCUUACACAACAGAAUUAUGGGCAGAGACAAUAUAUUCCACCAACCCCGAAUAGCACCGAGAUGCAUGCUGGAGUCCCCCAGGGACUGUCUAGAUUGGACACGGAUAACCAUAGACAUUAUGAGCAUUACGCAAGACCUAGUGAUGAUCAGAGCGCUUUCACUCCCUUACUUUCUCCCGCGAUGACCCCCUUAGAACAACAGUUCUGCAUUCCAGAAUACACUGUCCCUGGCGAAUACUUUACACCUCUUACGUCACCAGCUCUAGAAGCUCGAAAUUCCAAUGGCAAUGGGUAUAUUUUCAAUGGCACCACAUCCCACACUCCCGAUAUGGGCUUUAUAUCCUCGCCUGUAGAAAUGGCCAAUCAGCUUCCCAUUACCUCUACUCCCUCGUCUCCAGGAACGUCGCGCAAACAGAGGGCAAAGUCGUCCUUUUCAAAUCGAGCUGGUUCACGUCUAGCUCGUCAAUCUCCGUCAGUCCGACCUCUUAGCCGCCGAAAACCCAGCACAUCCGGGCCAUCGGCCGAUAGUGGCUUUUUUGCGAACCAUGACAAGAGCUCGAGUCGACCAUCAGUGAAACAAACCGAUGGAUAUCGCCAUACAGGAAGUACGGAAAGUUCCGGACAGGAUUCUGUUUCCCCAGAGCCCUUAUCAGAGCCAUUGAUGCCACCGCCUGCACUUCCCCGAUCGGCAAAAUCCCCGUGCAUAGGAGCGCAAGACUCUAGAUCGGAAGCAAUAUCCCGCGAGGCCGCAACUCCUGCUACUCUGAUGAAUUUGCAGCGCCAAUCCCAGCCUACGCCGCAAAACUCCAAGAACCAAUUCUCAAGAAGCGGAGGCCUCAUUGUCAAUGAAUAUCCUGAUGAGACGAUGGAAGAUAUGUCGUUACCCGAAGCCGCAUCCUCGAAUUCUGAACUCGCUACCGCGUCAUCCGGGAUAAUAGUGACGAGCGGUGAAACAACCCCCAAAAUCGUAGCAGAACAGACGCCAAGGUUGAAACCAGCCAACAAUGGAUCUUCAGAACGUCCAUCUAUCACCUCCGUCACCCCAAGCCCUCAAAUCAACGCUAUGGCAUCUCCAACUGGGCCAGUCGGUCUCAAGCGGACGGAUUCGAAACUGAAUGGCAGGGUGUCCAAGAAGCGACAAAGUGUUAGCUCCUCGCAGGUUAGCCCGGCAUUGCGGCCGAAAAUUAGUCCCAGCAUUCAACCUUUAAUUCAUGGCGAUGUGGGCAUCAACGCGGAAACGUCAGCUCUUUACCUCGCCUCGAAAUCCAAUUACCAACAUAUCCUCGAGGGAACUCUUCUCCCAGGCGUCUCUUAUCCUAACGCAUUGGCCGAAAACCUAAGUUCCAAACGGACGAAUCAUAAACUAGCCGAACAGGGUCGCCGAAAUCGCAUCAAUACCGCGCUCAAAGAGAUCGAAGGCUUACUGCCACCGUCGCUAAUACGAGAGAGGGAAAAAGCAGACAAGGUCGGCAUUGAUGGAGGCGAUGGGGCCACCAGCAAAUCAUCAGAUAGACCAAGUUCAAGUCAAACGAUCAGCAAGGCAAGCACCGUUGAAAUGGCAAUUGUUUACAUCAAGUCGCUACAACAGGAGAUCUCGGAAAUCAAGGAGAAACUGCAAGCUGCGGAGUCAAAACUGCUAGAGAGCUCGAAUAAGGGUGGUGGGAGUCCGCGAGAAACUGAUGAAAAAAGCGUAGUAAAAGUUGCCCCGAAUGCUGCUGUCGCUUGAGCUCUAAGGACCCUGGUCUCAUCAACCUCUGUCGAACAUAUUUUUCUCCUGACGGCCAUUAUCUAUCGAUCUACGCAUCUCGCGCGCUCUUCCCAUUCCCCCUUAUCUCUACCCCGAAUCAUACUGUACUCGCCAUUUUGUCUAUUUUAUUUUCAGUUGUUUCUUUUACUUUACCCGCUAUUUCCUGUUUAUAUAUAUUCUUUUCACAUGUUAAUGGGGUCCGGGUGUUGCAGAUUCUAGAUUGAUGAAAACCAGAAUCAGCUAUUGGUAGCCAAACCUUGGUUAUUUUGACCUUUUUGGCUAAUUUCUAUCGUCACUACUCCUGAUCUCUCCCCCCACCUCCCUCACAAACAGAAAAAAACCCCAAUUUUCUAUAUACAUAUUGUCGAGAAGAACAAAAGCACAGUUCGUCUUAGUUUUUGCGGAUGGAGGUGGCAUUAUUAUUUUAUUAUUUCCUUUGAUACGAGUUCAUGCUGAGGUGGGCUAUACUGGGCGGCUAUCUGUGUUUUUAAAAUAUGUUUUUCUCAAGUU